UCAAGAUGGCUGUUGGAAUGUUGUCAACAGCGUCUUUUGUUUUGGUGCUGUUAAUGGAGGCAGAAACUAACAAUACUGUAACAAGUAAAAACGAUGCUGAUACAUUUACAACUAUACCGAUGGGUUCAGAAUAUACGUCCAUUAAAUUGCUACAUUCAACAGAAAGCAACAUAACUACAACGACAACAGAUUUGCAAAGGCUUGAUAUAUCAACUAAUAUAGAUUGGACGUCUAGAUAUGAAACUACUGCAACGACGUCCAAAUAUGAAACUAAUGCAACGACAUCUAAUUAUGAAACUAAUGCAACUGAUGCCCCAUUUCACUACGAAAACUCAGUCUUUGUUCUGCAAAUAGGCGUUGCUGUGAGUGUGUCAUGUUUGGUAAUUUUAAUUGCAACUGUAACUUGCUGUGUAUACAAACCGAAGAGGGGAACAUACACAUUUCCUAUAUCAAAGUCUGAAGAAAAUGUUGUCAUGGCCAUAGAAGGACCUCCGCAGCCCACCAGAUCAACUGAUGUUUUGGCUGAAAAAUAUUCCGACCCUAUAGAUAAAGCAUCAAUGUCAAAUGAAACAGCAGGACCGCGUUUCUGUGCUACCAAAUCUUGUCAAAAUGCAAUUUCGCAAAAGGCAGAACACGGUUGUGAAUAUCAGCAUCUUGACUUCACGUUGCGAUUCAAAACAUCACCUCAUUCUGGUGACAACAGUGAAUACGACCAUACCAGAGCUAAUAUGGUCAGUGUUUUCAAUCAACCCUGGGACACGGCAAGUUCUAAGGUAAGCAAAUUGUGUUCCCAGAUUAGCAAAAGCGUCGUACAAAAAGGUCAAAAUGUGCGCAAAUCGUUAAUCAAAAGGCGCGCAUCACGAUCUGGUAGUCCAAAAUCAAAAUGCCGAGUAAGUAAUAAUUGUGAUGCUUGGGAAACACAAUUUAACCAUCAACAGUUUGUAUUCGAUUCUGAUGUGGAUAACCAAAUAAAUAAAAGCACGGACGUGACUGAUUCUAUUGUAGAUGUCAGCAAUGAUGAACCCGAAUUCAUACAUGCUGCAAGUUCAUUUGCAGUGUUACCCUUUUCAGAGAGAAUAAAUGUUAAAAGUACACACAUUUAUGACGAACCAGACGACAGAAGAUUGUCGUUAAGAGACAGACUGUUGCAUAUGCUCCCAAUAAGAUCAGAUAAAAUGCCAUUUGGUAUACAACUCGAUUUAAGAGGAUCUAGAAGAGAAUCUAAAAUUUAUUCUUUAGCAACACCUAUUGAUGAAAUAGAUGAGAGUGUAGCUUAAAUUGUAGAAUUUAAAAUUGUAAAAAAACUAUAUAAUCAAUGUAAAUAAUAUUUAGGUAAAGCCUUUUUUUAAAUGACUAAUUAUGUUAAUUAUACUGAGCACGAAUCUGUUUUUUUUUUAUUAAUGAAUUCUAAAAUAUGUAUAUUGUGCAACUGGAAAUACACGGAAAACAGAAAAUAUGUGUUUUUCCCUUUCAAAAAAAUUAAUCAUCAUAUAAAUUCUUAUACAGCAAGUCUUUUAUUUGUUUUUAUCUUAUUUGCUGGUGUGGUUAGCAUAGUUCAAAUAAAACAUAUUAAUCUGG